UCUCUCUCUCUCUCUCUCUCUCCUCGUCUCUCUCACAUUCACACACUUUCUCUCUCUCUCUCCAACGAAACCAUGGAGGACUCCCCAACCCCAACAGCUCCGAGCUGGAGCAACAUACUGAAGAGCCAAGCGGUCCCAAAGCCGAACCAGCAAGAGCCAGCGCAAGCGAACCAAGUCUUCGUGGAUAGUUGCAAGUCCACCAAAGGCAUAGCCGUGGCCGUGGUCGACGCCAACGCCAUCAUCGACGGCGGAGAUGGCCUCUCACGCUGCGCCGACAAGUUCGUCACCGUCCCCGAGGUCUUGGCCGAGGUCCGUGACCCUUUCUCCCGUCACCGCCUCUCCGUCCUCCCCUUAUCCCUCCACUCCAUGGACCCCUCCCCCGAUUCCCUCAACAAAGCAAUAAAGUUUGCAAGGGCAACGGGUGACUUGCAGACACUGUCGGAUGUUGAUCUAAAACUGAUUGCGUUGACAUAUACAUUGGAGGCUCAGAUUCAUGGGACUAAACAUAUCAGGGACUGUCCUCCCCCUGUUCAUGUGGUCAAUGCAAAGACCUUACAUGAGAAGGACAUGCCUGGUUGGGGCUCCAAUGUUCCCAAUUUGAAGGAGUGGGAAGCUAUAGAACACGUAGCUGGGGAUGGAUCAGAUCCUUCCAAUUCGAGAAUCCUACCUUUGCAGGAUUUGAAUAUGAACAUUGUUGAUGAUGGUAAUGAUGAAAAGUCGGAGGAUGGUUCGAAAGCAAGUUCAGAGAAUCAUGAGGAUGUUGUAGAAGGCAGUAGGAGAAGGAGGUAUUUGCCGAAGAAAAGGGAGGUGAAGAUUGAAGGGAAGAAGAUGGUAGCAGAUGGAAUUGAUGCGUCGCAAGGGGAAUUUGAUGACGAUGCUGGUGAUUGGAGGCCGGCUGUUGGCCGGAGUACUCAUAGACGGUAUCUUAGGAGGAAAUCUCGGCGUGAAUAUUAUGCGGCAUUGGCUGAAAAGGAUGAGGCUGAGGAUAACAAUGAUAAUGCUGUUGUUGAGGAUACUAACAGAUUGGAAAAUGGGGUUCCAGAAGGGAAUGAGAUAAAGGAGGGAAACAAGGAUGGUGAGGAGAAUAUUUCUGUGAUCUUAGAGCGAAUGAGGCUGGAAGAAGAAGAAGAAGAAGAUUCGAUGAAGGGUCUUGAAGAAGGAAAGGAACUUGAGCCUGACGACACCGAAUUGGUGGAGAGCAAUGAAGCUGUGGGAGCCAAUGUUGAUAUGGGUAAUGAGGAAUUGGAUCACAUGGAGAUGUUGAGCCAGACUAAUGAAAGUGUUGAUGAUGGUAGUAGUGAGCAGAGCUGGAUGCUAAGAUCAUUGUCCGAGUCCAGUGUGGCCUGUGUAACUAGUGACUUUGCAAUGCAAAAUGUGCUUCUGCAGAUGGGUUUACGCUUACUAGCGCCUGGAGGAAUGCAGAUACACGAGCUACACAGGUGGAUUCUGAAAUGCCAUGCCUGCUAUACAGUGACUGCUGAGAUUGGGAAGAUUUUCUGCCCAAAGUGUGGAAAUGGAGGCACUUUACGCAAGGUAGCUGUUACAGUUGGUGAGAAUGGAGUUGUUUUAGCGGCCCGUCGACCACGGAUUACAUUGCGUGGCACAAAAUUUUCACUGCCUUUGCCACAAGGUGGAAGGGAUGCCAUUACCAAGAACAUGAUUUUACGUGAAGAUCAACUCCCACAAAAGUUCCUUUACCCCAAGACAAAGAAGAAAGCGAAUAAGCAGGGAGACGGCUUCUACAGCAUGGAUGACUUCGGCCAACAUUCUGAUAAAAGAGGCCCCCUGCAGCCUCCUGUAAGGAAGGCAUUAGCAGUUUUCAGUGGAAGGAGGAAUCCCAAUGACAAUCAUUAUGCUCGUUCAAAGCGCAAAUAGGGGGUUAGCUAAAAAUUUGUUGUCAUUCAUGUUGUUUUGGAAAUAGUAUUUAAAUUGGUUUUGAUAUUUAACAGUAGAGUCGUGUUGCCAACAAGUGGUGAAGGCCUUGUUGAGUCGAGUGAGACCUAUAAAUAUUUCCUAUAAAUAUUUUUAGCACAAUUUUGGUCA